AGUGCGUUGACGUACGGUCCAUGAGAGAGCAAUCAACUCCCUUGAUGGCAGCCAACGCCAACGUCUCGUUCGGGCGCGUGUACGGCGACCGAUUCCGCAGCUGGGACGAGUUUGAGAGCGCACGAAAGGCGUUCCAGCGCGACCACGGUAUCUCGCUCUACUCGCGCGGUGCGACGCGAGCCAAGGGCACCAGCGGGCAGCAGUUCUGGUGCAAAUAUAAAAACUCCAAGAGCUUCAAGCCAAAGGACGACGACAACCCGCCGUUGAAGAAGAGCUUGUGCGCUGCAGGCCUGCACCUGCUCCUUGACGCCGACGGGAGCCUCGUCGUUCAGAACGAAGUCGGGCUUCACAACCAUCCGCCCGAAUUCCCCGUGGCACGUGGUGUCCGCACUCGACCCCAGGUCGCGGUGCACGAGUCGCCUCUGAGCAAGGCGGUGAAACGAAAGCGGUUCACGUGCGAUGGCGACGACAGCCUUCCGCCACGGGCCACCGACGCUGUCAAGGCCGAGGACAAGCAGAGUCCGGUGCUUCGAGGCACGACAGCUGAGCCCGCUGUAACCGAGCUCGGUGGUUUCGCUCCGAUAUUGGGCCACGAGACUCGGCGCCAAGGACUCGAUUUUGCCAACGAGCGGCCAGAGCGACCCGAGAGCCGGCAAAGGACCGAUCAGGGUAGUAGCCGCGUUCGUGUCAUCGAGCACGAGCGUUGCGCGCGUCCCACAAGUAUCGUCGACCCAACGAAUCGUCGCCGUCUCGCAAAGGACGUCGAAGCGCCAACAAAAAGCAACGCCGUCGUCGACUUCUUUCUCUACAAGCGCUCCAAGUAUAUGGCGCUUCUCGAUGGCGCUGUCAAGGACAAGAAGCGUCAUGGCCCGCGGAGCUUGCAUCUCGGCAAAGCGUACCGCACGGUCGACGCGCACGAACCGCCGCUGCAGACCAUUGGGCCAUAUCCAAUCUCAUCAUCGCUGCUCAAGGACAUCGCCUAUGACCGGUGGCUCUACGACGAUAGUGUCAACGCCUGGCUGCAUCUCGUCGCGGCGGUCGCCAACAAAGAGUACACCCGACGCCUCUUGUGCAUCGAGAGCACCUCGUGGGCCUACGACUGCGAGCAACCAACGCCGAGACUGCCCUCGAAGGCGACGAACUGGUUCAACUUUGCCUACGUGCUGGUACCGAUCACCAUAGCCAACGCGCACUGGUGCCUCGUCGUCGUGGCCAUGGACGCGCGCGAGCUUGUGAUCUACGAUGCGAGGUCGUGGCACACGUUCGAGGACCGCCUCAGUCGCAUCAACGCCACAAUCGAGCUCCACGCGGCGCAGAAGGGUGUCGAAUGGCGAUCUUGGCCGCACCGGCAGGUGACGCUGGCCCAGAAGAAUGACCAUGACGGUGGUGUCUACCUCGCGGCCGUGGCCGAACGCUACGCCCGCGAUGCGCCGGUCACUGUCGAGGACCUCACCGAUGCGUUUUGCGCGUCGUACCGCAGCUACAUGCUGCAAUCACUGCUUCGAGGAGCCUUGGUCGAGUAG